AUAAAAAGGUUCUGGCUGCGGAAUAAAAUUAAAUUCUGCCAUGGGAAGCACGGUUGGAUGUCAAACCAACCGUUUGUAUACGGAUUUUGAACCUUAUUGCAUUUGGCAUAGGAAGGAAGAUACUGAUAUUCUUGAUGUUCAUCUUGAUGGUUUCAAAAAGCAACAGCUGAAGGUUGUGGUCAACGACGGGAGGAUACUAACAAUCUCCGGAGAACGACCACUGGACAACAUCAACAACAAAUGGAGUCGUUUUAACAAACAAAUCAAACUGACCGACAACAUCAAAGUCAAUGACAUUCGUUCCAAGUUAGCCGGAGGGAUUCUCUCUGUUGUGAUGCCCAGGAAACCAGAAAUAAUCUCCAUGUCCAUUUCCCCGGAGUCCGAAUUCAUCCAAACGGCGACGGAGAAUGCAGGUGGUUGGAGGUUGAAGAAGGACAAAAAUAUGGCCGUCAAUGUUGGGGUUGUGCUUGUGUUUUUGCUCCUGGGGUUUGGAAUUUAUGUGAAAUGUUUAUCCGGAAAGUCGUUUGAUCCUUGUGCCAUAUUGAAAAGUAGUUGGUGAUAUGUAAAAACAUAAUGGGGUUCCAACUCUAUCUGGUGCAUAUAUGAAAUGCGUAAACAAUCUUUUAUGAACGAAGGUUCGAGGUGGUUUUUAUAUGUAAUUGUGUUCGGUUCACUAUAUCAAUCAAAUUUCGAUCAUGCGUUUCUGGAUUUUCAUUCUAGUAAUUAUGCUACAGAA